AUGGCUGAUAAAGAUAAAUGUAUCUUCAUAAAUGCAAUAAUAGUACUCAUGUCUGCUCACUUCUGCGCAUCGGUGGCCAGCACGGGCCUGCGGAAUCUUUCACUGUCCAUCAAACCACCGUGGGUGAGGCGCGGCCAGGAGGCGCAGCUGCACUGCCAGUACGAGAUGGAAGGUGCCCCGCUCUACUCCGUCAAAUGGUACCGAGGAACGCUGGAAUUCUAUCGGUACUCGCCGUUCGAGAACCCACCGGCGAAGAUAUUCCCGUUCACCGGCAUUAAAGUCGACAUGACGGUGUCGAACGCGACCCACGUGACAUUACGGAACGUUGGCUUCAAUCUGUCGGGGAAUUUCACCUGUGAAGUCACGGCUGAUGCACCGUCUUUCUACACAGGAGUGGCAACAAAUGUACUAACGGUAGUAGAACUGCCUCACUCGCCGCCAACAUUGUGGACGGAACACACCAAGUACGACCCAGGUGACAUACUGCGGGCCAACUGCUCGACCCCACCGUCAAAACCUGGUGCCACGAUAACGUUCCUGUUGAACAGCAUGACGGUUGGAAUUGAACCCACGGUGCUUCACCCGACCCACGACAACCUGCACUGGGCCUCGAGGGAUUUAACGAUUCAGCUGCUUCCCUCACACUAUACCACGGGGCAGCUAAUACUGCGGUGCCUGGCCGAGGUUGGAACCAUCUACUCGGAGGUAUCGCAGGCGCCACUGGAAUCCAGCCGCAAGGAGCCUAUACCGGAGCGAGUGACUUCGCCGAAUGGGGCAGCCACCGUGGCAGGUUGUAAGGAAACCCGUCGGAACCUGCUGCUCACCAUUGCCCUAGGGAUGCUGACGAUACUAGCCGUAAUACACUCCUACAGACCCAAUCCUCCUCUGCUGCUGCUCCGAUAGCUUUCACCGGUAGCUGCACCAUAAU